AUGGCCAAAGCCCUAGAAGUCCCUGCUCUUUGCCCAUCGUCUAAGCAUCGUUACUUCGUGAACUUUCUGUUUGACAAAUUCAAAACAGAUUCGAUCAUCAGGGCCAUCGUUGCGCCCAAGAGAGCCUGUGAGACCCUGGAGUGGUGGCUAUCACGCUUAGGAGGUGUAUGUCUCGCACUAACGCAAGUCGAUACGCUCGUAAAGGAGAAAGGCUAUCCAAAUAAGCGCGACGAGAGGAUUGAAACGCCAUUCACGGCUGCGAUGAGACGCAUCCUUUCGCCUCCUGCGCCCGAGUAUAAAAUCCCUUGCGAAGAAUCCAAUCGGAAGAGAAGCCAGAUACGAGAGUGCUGGCAAUAG